CUGUUCCAGCCCUUCCUUCCUCACCCUGGCAUGACCCUGCAAAUCCCAAACCCACGCCCAUCCUAUUCCCAGACUCGAGAGCUUCUCAUUAAGGCAGUACCCCCACAUCUCAUCUGCUCGUUGGUGUGUGGGGGAAAGGAAUGUCGAUAUGAGGGACCUGGUGAAUGGACCCUACAACAGCAAGCAAUCCGGGGUGUGUUCUCAGCAUGGGUCACUGAUGAUAUCUUGGCAAUGGCAAGACCAUCCACACAGCUUAUUAAGAAGUUCAACAUCAUCAAACAGUUCAAAGGAUUAAAUAUUAAGUCAGUGAUAAACCUGCAAGUAUCUGGUGAGCAUGAUCAUUGUGGAGACCCUUUGGAAUUGAAGAGUGGAUUUUCAUACUUACCGGAGACCUUCAUGGAGAAUAAUAUAUACUUCUUUAACUUUGGAAUGGCAGAUUUUGGAGUCUCCUCGCUGGUUCGUGUGUUGGACGCAGUGAAGGUGACAUCGUUUGCCAUACAGGAGGGGAAGGUGGCUGUGCAUUGUCAUGCAGGGCUCGGAAGAACAGGAGUCCUGAUCGCCUGUUACCUGGUUUACGCCACACGGGUCAGUCCCAGUGAAGCCAUACACUUUGUCCGGAUCAAACGUCCUUGCUCCAUCCAGACCCGCACUCAGAUUAACUUAGUUUAUGACUUUGCCCAGUUUGUAGACUCUCACAGGACGAUAUUCACCGAUGUGAGUUUGCAUGCCCACCCUAUCACCUUGAAGCAGUACCUCUACCGCCAACAGCAUCUCCUGCAUGGAUAUGAGGCCCGGCAUCUCAAACACGUGCCCAAAAUAGUGGACUUCAUCUGCAAGAGGCUUCUGCAGGUAGCAUUUGACAAGGACGACUCCUCCAUGGUACAGCUGGAGGUACAAAGGGAAGUGAUUGACCGCACACUAACCCUGCACAUCAGAGAAACUAUCACUUCCUUCAUUAACUCACCAGAAUUUCUCUUAGCAAACCAGGAGCCAGAAGACCCUGACAAUUCACUGAGGCAUCCUACCUCUGCAGCUGGCUUAUUUGAUCAGGCUUCUUUGCCUGCUUGGGAUGCAAAGGCUCAACCCAGAAUGAUGCCAAGAUUAUUGCGGACUGUCAGCGAUUCCAAUCUAUCUGGAAUCAUCUGCACACAUCAAACACAGGGCACCUGUACACAGCAACCUUUGCCAGUGAGUCAACGUCGAGCUGCGGCUUUGGAACUUGUCUUCAGUGGGCCUACCAAUCCAGUGAAACGUUCUUUCAGCUAUGAGGGGAAGGAGAACUUUGUUAGAGACAGAAACACGGUGCAGACUGACCAUGUAGCAGGAUUCAAGCUAGCAAGGCAAGGGAACUCUUUACUGACCAACACCGGCCUUUUGCCUACAACCUCAACAAAGAGCAAUGUCCAUUGGAGCCAAUCAGUAAAAGAAUCAGGCAGAAAAAUGAAUAAACAUGGGCAUCUCCUGGAAGAGGUUGCCAGGGCAAUGUCAGAGCAUUCACCAAUGGACAACGACUUGUUGGUGAAAGUCCGUCUCUGGAAGAUGGAGCUAAAUGAGAACAAAGGGGCAUGGGGUCGCCUGACUGCAGAACAAGAUCCCAGGGUUCUCAGCAUGCUGAUGUGGAGCUGGCUGGAACACCUCAAGAAGCCAGUUCUGUGCUCAGAAGAUGUAGUGACACUGCUGUCUAAUCCCGCAGUUAAAGGGACUCUGUGGGAUCUGGAAAAGUGUCAGGAAGGAACAAUCAAUUGCAUCUUGGAUUGUAUCAGUAAAUUCACUGGCCUACCCUCUACAUUGGAAAAUUCCAUAAUUCACCGACUGAUCCUGGCACUGACUCAGAGCUGUGAAGAGGAUGUGUUGCAUUUCACUGCCUUGUUGCAGAAACUGAAAAUGAUCAUCAGAGAAAAACGCUCACAUUACAUCUUCAACAAGGGAGUGGCAAAAACAAAAAUGUUGAAGAUUUCCUUGCACAGGGAGGAGAGAAAAUGAAAAUAAAAAAUCUAGUUUAAGCCCCUGUAAAGUUUUUCAAGUACUGCCAAAUAUAAGGUGGUAUUUGGAGUGUAUGGUGGAAGGUAAGAGAAAGUGGGUAGAAAGUAGCUAGGGAUAGAUGGCUAUUGAACUGAGGCAGCUAACUUCCUGGGGU